GACAAAUGUUGAGCAUGUAGAGCGAGUAUCCAUUUCUAGGUGCCAUCAUAAUAACUAAUAACCCAACCUCUCGAGAGUUUGUUAUAUUAUUACUGAUAAAUUGUUGGUGGGGGUGGCAUAGUUGCAGUUGGAAAUCGAAAGAAGAGAAAAGAAAUUGGAUAGUGAUUAUUUGGGUUCGUUAUCGUUGAAACGUUUUCUCAAAUCUGGUGUGGUGAAUAACAUCACCCCUCACACUCACUCAACCUAAACAAAAUGCAGAGCCAGAGAACCACGCCGCUAAGGAACCCUCACACCUCCACCUCCGAUCUCCUAACGUGGUCCGAACAACCUCCGCCGGAAUCCUCCGCCUCCGGCUACCGCUCUCGCCAGCCUUCUGAUAAAAUCGGUGAGGUUCUCCGCGGAAGCCAGCUCACCGAUGAAGAAGCACAGAGUCUAACAAAAAAGAAACCCUGCUCAGGAUAUAAAUUGAAAGAGAUGACUGGAAGUGGUAUAUUUUCUGGUAAAUCUGAAGAUACCACAUCAGAAGAAAAUUCUGCAAAUUCAAAAAACAGAACAAGCAUACGCGUAUAUAAGCAAGCAAUGAAUGGAAUCAGUCAGAUAUCAUUCAGCACUGAAGGAAACAUUUCUCCUAAAAAACCAACCUCUCUACCCGAGAUAGCAAAGCAACGUGAACUUGGUGGAACAUAUCAAAGCAAAACAGUCACGAAGAUCAACAAGCAAACAUCAAGUGCCAAGACCAAGGAGCUCAGUGGAAGUGAUAUAUUUGCCCCUCCUUCUGAAAUUGUGCCUCGUUCAUUGGCUGCUGCACACACUUUGGAAUCAAAAGAAAGUAAAGACACAAGAAGAUCUGUUCCACAAAAAGUGAGUACAUCUGCGCAAGUUUCUAAUCGAGCUGAUGGCCAAAGUAAUUUCUCAUUCAGUGAACAACCAGUUAAGAUAUUGAGGAAAAAAAUGCAUGACCAGAAGUUUGCAGAGAUGACAGGCAAUAAUAUUUUCAAGGGAGACGUUCCUGCAGGAUCACCGGAAAAGCCUUCAAGCAGAGCUAAACUUAGAGAAAUGGCUGGGAGUGACAUAUUUGCCGAUGGAAAGGCAGAAAGUAGAGACCAUAUACUAGGUGCCCGCAGACCCCCCGGUGGAGGAAGCAGCAUUGCCCUCGUUUAAAUUUGAUCAUCUAAAUUCGUCCAAUUAACUGUGUGCGUUCUAUAAAUUCCUCUGAAGUUCUGUGUUUUGACUGGAAGGAUCAGUGUGUUGGAUUGUCAACAUUGUUUAUUAUUCAUUUAUGUUGAUAUACACAGUCAUAUAUUGGAUAAAUAAAAUUGUUGAGAUUUUUUUGUAAUAAGAAAUUAUUUACUAUAUCUGA